AUGCCAUUCCCUCAGAAACUCCGGGAAUUAGAAAAGGAUAAACAAUUUGCCUGGUUUGCAGAUUGCCUCAAGACACUGGAGAUUAAGAUUCCUUUUGCAGAAGUCCUUGAAAAAAUACCCUCCUAUGCAAAGUUUAUGAAGGACAUAUUAAGCCACAAGAAGGACUGGAGGGAAGUAGAGACAGUCUUCCUUACUGAAGAGUGCAAUGUAGUCAUCCAGAGGAACCUACCAGAAAAGCUUCAGGACCCUGGAAGCUUCAUGAUACCUUGCAGCCUUGGAGACACCUGCAUAAGGAAGGCUCUAUGUGAUCUUAGGGCAAACAUCAACUUAAUACCUUCCUCACUAUUAAAGAAACUUUGUCUAAUCCGAGAAGUUAAGCCCACUCGUAUAUGCCUGCAGUUGGCUGACGGUUCGGCCAAGAUUCCAUUAGGAGUGAUUGAAGACAUGAUUGUGAAAGUUCGACCAUUUGCAUUCCCUACAUAUUUCAUAGUCCUGGAAAUUGAAGAACACAAGGAUGUGUCCAUUAUUCUAGAUAGGCCUUUUCUGGCAACAGGAAGAACUCUCAUUUAUGUGAAAAAAGGGAAAGUGACCUUGAGAGUCAAUGAGGACGAGUUCAUACUGAAUGUCACCAAGGCCAUGCAAUACCCUGAUACCCCAGAGGAAUGCAUGAGGAUUGAUAUCAUCGAUUCCCUGAUGGAAGAGGUACAUACAGUUGAGAGCCUCGAGGAGGAGCUGAAUAAUAUCCUUGAAGAUACCAGCCCAGAGAGAGGCAUCAGAAGAGUAGGAGGAGACCUUAGAAGCCCCUAA